UUCCCGCGACCCGCGCACCCCUCGACAACAGCGCCCAUGCGGCUCGUGGCAGCGAGACGAAACUGGCGACAAAACACUCGCGCGCUCAAAGAUGGCGGAUGGGUCGCCUGAGGAUCGCGCGAACCCGAAACAAAUGAAUGAAUUAACUUUUUCCGCAACUGACCCGUCCAAUGGUGACAUAAAAAAGUGCAGUGAACACACAGUGGACGGCAGAGUGAGGUUAUCGUUCUAUAUUGAACUAGAUGAGAGUGAUUCGUGUGAAAAAUGUGAGACACUCGGCGUGGCCGCUAAUCGUUCCGCGGCAGACGCAUCGCAUUCCCAAAAAACUACUGGGUCCCAUACAGAUGACAGCGACGACCGAAAGAAGAGAUGCUUCGACAGAUACGACAGCUCCGAAUCUUCUGACAGUGGCGUGGCGGUGCUGAGCCCACCGGAAAGCAGCGGCAGCAGCAGUAGCGACAUCACCGAACCGCGGUCUCCGCGCAGCCCUGAGUCGGGGUGCAGCAGCGAGGAGAGCUUGAGCUCGCGCAUGCCGCCCUGGGCUAGCGAGCCGGCCCCGCGCCGCCUCGCGGCUCAGCCCGCGCCUUUACGACGCCCCAAUCCCGUGCAUCGCCGUAUCACAGAAUACUUUAACCAUAAGAUGAAGCCACAGAACGGCCUUAAGCGAGACGCCAGUCACAUCCCUAAUGGUGACAGUAAAAAGAAGUGCCUCCCGAAGAAUGGUGUCACGCAAGAUCUCGAGAAAUAUAUUUCCUAUCUAUCUCAAACCCUCAGUCCUAAAGUUUUGCUAGAUGUCGGGAAACAAUCUCAAACGACGCCCAAAUCCCCUCAGCCAGCUACUAAUGUUGAGACUAAAAUUCAAGAUCUCAGUAAAUCACCAUUAAAGAACACUGAUAGUGUGUUGGAUUUUUGCAGGACUAAGGAUAACAAAGAGGUUCAGACGAUGAAUGGUUUCGUAGAAGUAAGGCAACUAAAAGAGAAGCCGAGCAAAGAGAAGUUUAACUGUGGCGUUUUAAACGGCUUAACCGACAAUAAGAAAACUGAGCGCGAUAAAAAAUUAUCAUCGGACCCAUCCGCCAAAGUUAAUACUAAUCUUAAUAAGCAGUAUAAUAUAAGUAAUACAAAUUGCAAUAAUAAAGUGCCAAUAUCGGACACACGUGAAAUAUUUGGCGUUCGAAUUGCUCCUGCCACUUCCAUGAAUCAAACCAGAAAUAAGGUUACAACAGUUAAGACUGAUUCGAAAAUAAAUGGUACCGUUAACCAUACAGCAAAAUUAGACAGUAGAAUGAACGGAGUAACACGUGGUUCAAACAAUCUAAAUUUGGUAAACAAACCUGUUGCGACAAAAAAGGAAACAGCUAAAAAGACCACACUCGCUCCAAAACGGACCAACAGAAAGUCUUCAGCGUGCAUCGCUAAUAGUAAGAACCUUUCAUGGUCGAAAGCGAAUAAUCUUAAACAAGUACAGUUACAGAAACAAAACUGUUUGAAUUCAGUAUCUAAACCACCCUUAACAAACAUGUCGGGGGAAGCAAGCGCACCACCAAAGAUGAAUAUUCCAAACGGUGUAAGACAAGUAUCGAUGACUGUAAACGGAAAUUUAAGUAGUUUAAACGUACCUGUCAAUCAUUUACAUAACGGCCACCAAAUUAAUGUUCAGCAACAGUGCAAUGGAACUGUAUCCUCAACAACUAUUCCUGCGUUUAUGGCAGUUCCUCAAAAUGUAAUGUUAACUACCCUAAGGAUACCUCAGAAUGGACUUAAUGCUCCCAAUAUAAAUCAACAGGGGGGCAUAGCUACAAUAAACCAAGGAAAUAUUACAACAUUAAACCAACAAGGUAGCAUAGGUGCGUUAAAUCAACAACCAAACGUUAAUUUCAAUCGCCCUAAUGUGACUGUAACGAGUCCGACCAAAAUUAACGGUCAAUUUGUGUUUCCGCUGGUUCAAAACAUUAAUGGAACUGUAGUGCAAAUACCUAAUCUUAUGGCAAAGAUGCCCAACUUUGUCCUUCCUCAAGCACAACCAUUAACUGCUCAAAGACAAAAUCAUUUACAAAAUCAGCAGACUCAAAUUCUUAUUAACGGCACAUUAUUAAAACUGUCAAAUGCGAUUCAACCUUCAUCGUUUCCUGCUUCAAAUAAAACAAACCCUGUCUCAAGCCACCCUGUAUUAAACAAAAGUUUUCCUGGAAUACAAACUGUCAAUGCGUUACCGCAUCAAAAGCCGAAUUUUAACGUAAAUUUAAGUCAUCCGAUGCUACUACCACAGCCAGGUUUUAUUGUAACUUCAGUGCCAAACGUCAAGGAGACAUGGAGUUAUUCUACUGUGAAUACGGCAUGUUUAUCGCAAUCAACAUAUUCGAAUCCAAUAGUACAACAUCCACCGCCUAUAGUACCAAGUUUUAGUACUCAAUCAUUACAUUCGAGUAGUAUACCCAUCGCUCCCGUGAAGCCUCCUGACAACCCUAUUCAGGGCACAGAGCCUCCAAGCAGUACAGUAAAGGAAUCCGACUUAAGUGACUUAAAUCAAAAGUGUGAUAUUCCAUGGCUGUCUAAAAAUGUUAAUAAUAACAUAGUUCCAUUAGAUACUAAAAAAAUCACAUCGAGGCCUUUUGCUGAAAUUGGGUCGGCUAAACUAGCUGGUUUUAUGAAUGAAAAGGUUAUGGAAGAAGGGAUAUUACUAAAAGACAAAGCGAAAGAUGUUAAAAUGGUGCCUGAAGAGCUUAAAAAAGUUGAAGAGGUAUCUAGGUGUGACGAUGCUGUGUUUACUCACAUAACUGUUUUGAAAGAAGUAUCUUCGAAUGUUGAGAGUACUAUGAUAGAAGCUAACUAUAGUAGCGCUACAACGGAGUCUUCGGAGUCAGGAAUUGGAACGGAUAAGUCUAUUGACUCACCUAGUGAUUCGCAAGGUAGCAAAGAGUGUGAUGAAGAGUCAUCGUUACUGUCUUUAAGUGUGAGUGUAAGCUCUUUGGAACAAAGUCAGUCGGAAUCGCAGAAGAGCCCUAUAUUGAAGCAACCCAAGAUUUUGCGGUUUCCACCUAAAUUUCCAGUAAAAUCAGAUAGUAGACGAAGAAAAUCUAAUUUGGCUGCGACAUCUACGGUAAUAGUCUGUCAUUGGGAAAAAUGCAAGUUAGAAUUUGACAGUGAUACGAAUUUAUUGGAGCACUUACAGGCUGUCCACGUUGAAACACAAAAUGGCAAGCAAAACUAUGUGUGCCUUUGGGAGAAAUGCAAGGUGCGCGGCAAACCAUCAUGCUCGCGACUAUGGUUGGAGCGACACACCCUAUCACACGGCGGCAACAAACCUUUCAAAUGCAUUGUCGACGGCUGUGACAGAAGAUUCUCCACUCAGACUCUGUUGGAACGGCACGUGAAUCACCACUUCAAUCAGAGUUCGCAGUCAAACGGCAGCAACAGAAAGUCCAAUGAAAAUGGGUCCAAGCUAAUUCGAAGAAAUGGAAAGAAGCUACGGUAUAGACGGCAGCCUUGGUCAGCGCGAAUGUUCGACUUCUUCGACACGGGGAUGAUGCAGGGUCUUCAGUGGCGGCUACUAAGGUGUACCAGAUGGAGGCUUGGAGGUGCUUGUCCUCUUCGGGAACCGCCCGGAAGGCAUACCAUCACUCUUCACGCCGCACUUACUGCCACUCGAUACAAUGCUAUUGAGGGUAGACGGGAGGCCUUAUUGACAUACUACCCUCCGAAUGUGAUCGAGGAUGAAUGGGUGCCAGAGGAGGACGUGAAGCGGGUCAAGCGGGUGGAGAUCUCCGAGUUGCCGGCCCACACUAAAGUCAUCCUGUAUGAUCAGUUCUGUAGUUCGUACAAGAAGACUCCGACUCCGCCACCAGUUAAGAAGCCGGUCCCACAGCCGACGAGACAGUUGCCUCUUCGACAAUGUACGUCUUCCCGUCUGCUGAACAACCUACUCGCCAAGCAGAAGGCCAUUGAGGCUAAGAACGAGUGCAGCGCCACCAACCUGCCCAUGAUCUAUGUGGAAGAUGACAGCCCCAAGUGCGAAGUCAGCGGCGCCAAGAAGAGGAAGCUCGGCAGGAGACAGGGCGGAAACGCCUUUUGGCCCAGCGGACGGUAGAAUACAUAUGACGAUGGUUGAUGAUGUAUCGAGAAGAACGUCCUUCAGAUGGAGAAUUUAAUUAUUCAGCUUAAAGUACGUCACCAACCUGAUAGUAGUAUUUUAGAGAAUUUUCUAGAACGUUGAAUAACAAUCUGGACAGAUGUUGAUUCUUCGGCAGCGGCCGCUUCCGCAUCGCAAGCGGCGCGUGCGCAGAUUACUCACAAGACUGAUCAUUUAUAUAAGACUCGGACUUCGAGUGACGCGACGAUAGCGAACAAAUUGUAUAUAAUUAGGAAAUGUAAAUUGUAGACGCGAUUGUAUAGGUUAGGUUAGUAGACGCCGUAGUCUGAGCUAGGUUAAGAGUCGUCCGAAUAACGACCAGCGAUACGAAUCACUGCCAAUGUUGUAUAUAAUAGUAGUAGUUAUAGUGAUGACCGCCCGCGGUCUCAUUUAUCGAUAAUUCCGUUGGACCGCGUCUCGACCGCUUUCGCUUAACGGUGCCAAUUAUUUUAUCGAUAUCGUGACUAUUGUUUUCGUCACCAAGUGCCUCGAAUAGCACGGUUCUACAUACAGUGUUCACAUAGAUAUAACCGCGUAGUCGAUUCGGUGUUAGGUUUAAUCGAUUCUUUAUAAUCGAAUUUAGGUAUCGAUCUAAGCGAUUGACUCUGAAUCAACAACUGUCUUGUAACGUCACUGCCACAAGCGUUAAUUACGAUUAUAGCGUCGUUGGAAUCGAAUAUUGGAUUCGAGCAAUAAAAUUGAUUUACUUAAUGUGUCAAUAUCGAUUCUCUAGCGACGCAACUGAAUAUAGCAAUAACUGUGUGAUAGCUUUAGGCGAUUUUUCACGCACAAGAUUUUUAGCAGUUUUAAAUUAACAAAUGGCCCGAUACUCGACCUUAUCAUGUAAUAAUUGGUGUUUUUUUAUUUUUAUAACAGACAUUUGUAUAAAUUAAAUUGUGUGGUUGUUUUUGUACUUUUGUACUGAGGUGUGUCAGUGUGGGUUCGUUCUGGUACUGAUGUAAGGAAUGCUCUAAUAUUCUCUUUAAACUAUAAUUUGACUUUAAAUAUUUUUCAAUUUACAUCUGAAUUAUGAAUCAAUCAAAUAUAUCCGUUUUACUAAAUCCAUGCAUUGCUGACAUCAGUAACCGAAUUGAUGUGUAAAAACAGCCAUUUCAGAGCAUUUUCUGUCAAAUUGCCUUUUCUAGCAAUAAGGGUUAUUGUGUUCCGUUCUCACGAUCUCCGUAUUUUAGUAAGCGUCGGUAGUUAAGUAAGAAAAUGUGCGGUGAAUUGGACCGGUUCGAGCGAUAGCUAAUGGUUGGGCCCGAAGUACUCUAAAUUAAAAUAGGGAUUAAAUUUUUGAAAAUCGAUCCAACCUCUGAAUUUAGGGUAUUAGGGCCGCGAUAUAAGUCAAUAUAGGAAAUUGUAUGGGUUAGAACUGCUUAUGAUGGCAAACGCGUCGCUAGUAUGGAUGGACCCAAAGAGAUGUUAGGAAAAUUCUUAGUAGUCAUGUUGGUGCCUGGACGAUCGUAAAAUUUCUGGGAAUCCUUCCAAUGUACUGAUUUUAGGUUUGUUUUAAAUUUCUAGAAUAAUUCAGCACUGAUCAUAGUGCCAUAUUGGCUUUGCGUUAAUUUUAUAGUCAAUUGCGACACCAAAUUCAGAAAGACAUUUCCAUGGACUUAAUUUGAUCUCAUCGGAAUUUUUAUGUAAUGUAGGAAAACGUCAUCAAAUUUUUACGUCUUAAAAACACUUUGAAAUUAACUUCGAAUAUACGAUAAUCGAUAAUCAUUAUUCGAUAUAGAUCAAUUUUAUCAUCUCUAUUGAUACGAACAGAAUUUCAACAAAAAAAAACGGCGAAAACUUGCAGCUUUUUUCAAAUGUUGCUCAAAAUUAUUAACAUCUUUUUAUUUGUAUUUUGAUAAAAGUGUCGGUAUUCGCCGACUAUAUAUAAUUUAUUCCUUCAUCUCGGAUUUUAAGUUCGAUGACGUUUUUCAUAAUCGCUCAAUGUGAAAUUAUUUCGGCUGAAAGAAGUGGCCUAUUAAAGCUUGAGUACAAAUUUUUUUUGCAAUAAUAUUUAGGGUCGAUGGAAUUUGAAGGUAUUUUAUAAGCCCCUAGCCCUUUGAGUCAUUAGACAGAGAUAAAUAUUUUGUGAUCAAUAAUUGUAGUGGGGUACUAAAUUAGAACAAAAAAAUAUUUCGAGCGCGUUUGCGUUAAAGAUAUAUUUUUAUCACUGCCACAAUAGUCUUAAUACGGGCUAUCCGGGUUUCCGGAUAACAAGGCGCGUGCCUUGAAAUUGCUCACUCGGUAAGGUUUCGUUCAUUUAUUUGUACAAGGGAACAACUGUAGUCGCGGAGAUUUCAUUUCCUAUUGUUCUGUGACGCAUUUAGUUGGUUUGUUGCCUUUAAGGUUGUAAAGGCGUGAAACACAUUACUGCCGCGCGGCAUCUCGUAACUUUUGACCAGAGAUGUGUGGUUAUAGUUAAAAAUGGUAGAGAAAUUGUAAUUAUAAAUUUUUGGUCACGCUUUACAAAUGUAAAUAUAUGUAUUUAUUAUUAAGUAUAAUGCAGAAGUAAUUUGCUUCGCGCCUUGGCGAGCAGCGGUUGUCCCGAGGUGGGGGAGAUGUCAUUUUGUGAAUACCCGGUCUGGCUUAGCCCGCCCGGGAUUUGACUAAUACUUGGGGGCUACGACCGGGUUACAUCUAAUUGUGCGACAAAAAUGCCCAGGACGGCCGCUGGAGACGGGUUAGGCUAGAUGGUAGUGUACGCGUUGUCUUUCAACAUGUUUCCUAUAUUAUCCGUUUAUUAUAUGAAUGUUCUCCUUUAUUGUAAAUGUUUGAUCCAUAAAUACUAUAUGCGGACCGAGAGUUCCGAAUAGUGUGCACUACUUUAUUCAAUUUGUAGAUAUUUAAUUAUAUAUAGUAUAAUGUUUAAUGCGUUUUAUUUGCUUGGAGCCGUGAUUGUGUGAAUCCGAAAUUUAAUUAUAAUUUGCCCGCAAAUGGGCCAUCUACCUCAAUUAAUUUAUAACACAUUUGGGCAUAAUAAUAGUGAAUUAAUUUACUCGAAAAUAAGUGAAAAUUUGUUCAAUGUAGCGAUUCUAAGUUUUUUGAUGGUUUGUCCACGACACAAGUACUGUAUCUUAUAUUAAAUACAUAUGUAUGAUUGACUAAAA